CAAGCUAGGGAGGGAGAGGGAGUGGGAGGAGGAGGAGGAGAGGGAGCCCAACGACCAUUUAAAGCGAUAGCAAUCCCUGCCCUCUCCCCAGUGCUUGGCUGUUGGAGAGAGCGAGCCGCUAGCCGGGGAGCGCAAGCUCAGCGCGCGGGCCAGCAGAGCCACAGCGCCAGGUACCCAAGGCUGGCUGGCGCCCUGGGACCCCCCCACCCUCUCACGCUGCAUCUCCUCCGGCUCCUCCACCCUCUGUGCCUACAGAAGUCCCCGGGCUUCCCCCAAAGGAGCUCACCUCGAGAAGCCCGGACUUAGGAGAGCCCACCAGCAUUCCCUCCAGCGCCGCCGCCGCCACCGCAGCAGCAUCCGGAGUAGCGGCAUGGUCCAGCUGGGGAAGCUGCUCCGCGUCCUGACUUUGAUGAAGUUCCCCUGCUGCGUGCUGGAGGUGCUCCUGUGCGUGCUGGCGGCGGCGGCGCGCGGCCAGGAGAUGUACGCCCCGCACUCGAUCCGGAUCGAGGGGGACGUCACCCUUGGGGGGCUGUUCCCAGUGCACGCCAAGGGUCCCAGCGGAGUGCCCUGCGGCGACAUCAAGAGGGAGAACGGGAUCCACAGGCUGGAAGCUAUGCUUUAUGCCCUAGACCAAAUCAACAGCGAUCCCAACCUGCUGCCCAACGUAACGUUAGGCGCGCGGAUCCUGGACACUUGUUCCAGGGACACUUAUGCGCUCGAACAGUCGCUCACUUUCGUCCAGGCGCUCAUCCAAAAGGACACCUCCGACGUGCGCUGCACCAACGGCGAGCCCCCGGUUUUCGUCAAGCCAGAGAAAGUAGUUGGAGUGAUUGGGGCUUCGGGGAGCUCCGUCUCCAUCAUGGUAGCCAACAUCUUGAGGCUUUUCCAGAUACCUCAGAUUAGUUAUGCAUCCACGGCUCCUGAGCUCAGUGAUGAUCGGCGCUAUGACUUCUUCUCUCGAGUGGUCCCACCUGAUUCGUUUCAAGCUCAGGCCAUGGUAGACAUUGUAAAGGCCUUGGGAUGGAAUUAUGUGUCUACUCUUGCAUCUGAAGGAAGCUAUGGAGAGAAAGGUGUGGAGUCCUUUACACAGAUUUCCAAAGAGGCAGGUGGGCUCUGCAUUGCCCAGUCCGUGAGAAUCCCCCAAGAGCGCAAAGACAGGACCAUUGACUUUGAUAGAAUUAUCAAACAGCUCUUGGACACUCCCAACUCCAGGGCCGUCGUGAUUUUUGCCAACGAUGAGGAUAUAAAGCAGAUCCUUGCAGCAGCCAAAAGAGCUGACCAAGUGGGCCAUUUUCUCUGGGUGGGGUCAGACAGCUGGGGAUCCAAAAUCAACCCACUGCAUCAACAUGAAGAUAUUGCAGAAGGAGCCAUCACCAUCCAGCCUAAGAGAGCAACUGUGGAAGGGUUUGAUGCUUACUUCACAUCCAGAACUCUUGAAAACAACAGGAGAAAUGUAUGGUUUGCUGAAUAUUGGGAAGAAAACUUCAACUGCAAGUUGACAAUUAGUGGGUCCAAAAAAGAAGACACAGAUCGCAAAUGCACAGGACAGGAGCGAAUUGGAAAAGACUCCAAUUAUGAGCAGGAGGGUAAAGUUCAGUUUGUGAUUGAUGCUGUCUAUGCCAUGGCACAUGCCCUUCAUCACAUGAAUAAGGAUCUGUGUGCUGAUUACCGGGGAGUAUGCCCAGAGAUGGAGCAAGCAGGGGGAAAGAAGUUGUUGAAGUAUAUCCGCAAUGUUAACUUCAAUGGUAGCGCUGGCACCCCAGUGAUGUUUAACAAAAAUGGAGAUGCUCCUGGGCGUUAUGAUAUCUUCCAGUACCAGACAACAAACACCACCAACCCUGGUUAUCGUCUCAUUGGUCAGUGGACAGAUGAACUUCAGCUCAAUAUAGAGGACAUGCAAUGGGGCAAAGGAGUCCGGGAGAUCCCACCCUCUGUGUGCACAUUGCCCUGCAAGCCUGGGCAGAGGAAGAAGACACAGAAGGGAACCCCUUGCUGCUGGACCUGUGAGCCCUGUGAUGGAUACCAGUAUCAGUUUGACGAGAUGACAUGUCAACAUUGUCCCUAUGACCAGAGGCCCAAUGAAAAUCGAACUGGCUGUCAGAACAUCCCCAUCAUCAAACUGGAGUGGCAUUCUCCCUGGGCUGUCAUUCCUGUCUUCCUGGCAAUGUUGGGGAUCAUUGCCACCAUCUUUGUCAUGGCCACAUUCAUCCGCUACAAUGACACACCCAUUGUCAGGGCUUCUGGACGGGAACUCAGCUAUGUUUUAUUGACUGGCAUCUUUCUCUGCUACAUCAUCACAUUCCUAAUGAUUGCCAAACCAGAUGUGGCAGUGUGUUCUUUCCGGCGUGUCUUCUUGGGCUUGGGUAUGUGCAUUAGUUAUGCAGCCCUUUUAACAAAAACCAACCGGAUUUAUCGCAUAUUUGAGCAGGGCAAGAAAUCAGUGACAGCUCCCAGACUCAUAAGCCCAACAUCACAACUGGCAAUCACUUCCAGUUUAAUAUCAGUGCAGCUUCUAGGUGUCUUCAUUUGGUUUGGGGUUGACCCACCCAACAUCAUCAUAGACUAUGAUGAGCAUAAGACAAUGAACCCAGAGCAAGCCAGGGGAGUGCUCAAAUGUGACAUCACAGACCUUCAAAUCAUUUGCUCUUUGGGAUAUAGCAUCCUUCUCAUGGUCACAUGUACUGUGUAUGCCAUCAAGACUCGGGGUGUACCAGAGAAUUUUAAUGAAGCCAAGCCCAUUGGAUUCACUAUGUACACCACAUGUAUCGUUUGGCUUGCCUUCAUCCCGAUAUUUUUUGGCACUGCACAGUCAGCAGAAAAGCUCUACAUUCAAACUACCACACUUACAAUCUCCAUGAACCUAAGUGCGUCAGUGGCGCUGGGGAUGCUAUACAUGCCGAAAGUGUACAUCAUCAUUUUCCAUCCUGAACUCAAUGUCCAGAAACGGAAGCGAAGCUUCAAGGCAGUAGUCACAGCAGCCACCAUGUCAUCAAGGCUGUCACACAAACCCAGUGACAGGCCCAACGGUGAGGCAAAGACAGAACUCUGUGAAAACAUAGACCCAAACAACUGUAUACCACCAGUAAGAAAGAGUGUACAAAAGUCCGUAACUUGGUACACUAUCCCACCAACAGUAUAGCUUUUGACUGCUUCCCAAAAGGCCCCGCUGCAAAAAAGAAGUAUGUCAGUUAUAAUAACCUGGUUAUCUAACCUGUUCC